CCGCCUUUUCCCUCAGCAGCGUCACGUGGCGCGGGCGGAAGCGUUUAUGUGACCGGCGCACGCUGAAUCGCGCGCGGGCGCUGCCAUUUGCUCUUUUCUUCGUAUCGCGUCGCGCGGCACACAAAGUGCUAAGAUAGUCCCGCUGCUGAGUCACAAUUUAACACACUCUCAACCAUGGCAGAGAACGACCCACAGGUUCAGUUUAAGCUGGUUCUCGUAGGAGAUGGAGGCACGGGAAAGACCACCUUUGUGAAGAGGCACUUGACAGGAGAGUUUGAAAAGAAAUAUGUCGCAACUCUGGGUGUUGAAGUGCACCCCUUGGUCUUCCACACUAACAGAGGAGCAAUCAAAUACAACGUGUGGGACACAGCCGGACAGGAGAAGUUCGGAGGCCUGCGAGACGGAUACUACAUUCAAGCUCAGUGUGCGAUCAUCAUGUUCGACGUGACCUCUCGAGUGACUUACAAGAAUGUUCCCAACUGGCAUCGUGACCUGGUGCGUGUGUGUGAGAACAUUCCCAUAGUGUUGUGCGGCAACAAAGUGGACAUCAAGGACAGGAAGGUGAAAGCUAAGAGCAUUGUGUUCCACCGCAAGAAGAACCUACAGUACUAUGACAUCUCCGCCAAGAGUAAUUAUAACUUUGAGAAGCCGUUCCUGUGGCUUGCACGAAAGCUGAUCGGAGAUCCCAACUUGGAGUUUGUGGAGAUGCCUGCCCUCGCCCCACCCGAAAUCGCCAUGGACCCAUCGCUUGCUGCACAGUACGAGCAUGACCUGAAAGUGGCAUCAGAAACAGCUCUCCCAGAUGAGGACGACGACCUCUAACCUGUUACCCUUUGACCUUUUUCCUUGUGGCAUUGCUGGGUUUCCUCAGCAAUCGGAGUUUGCCCCCCCUCCCGGUUUCUCCUCCUCCUCAAUUCCCCUUUUACUGUAAAACCCCCUGCUCAGAUAUUUUUAUUUUUCAAAUUGUUUCAUUUUGUGUUUCAGACUGAAUAAACAGUGAAGUGAUUGUUGAAUUGUAGACAUGCUCAUGUUGACGCCACCAUUCAGACUCACUCUAGGACAUAUUUGCGUUAACUUACAGACAUGUGCAUACACACUCAUCGGCGUGAGAUUGAGCGUCCCAGUGCUUAUUCUCCCUCUCUGUGUGGCUCUAAGCACUUAGAGAACAACUUUGAAUAAAAAUAUUCUCAGUAUA